AGCCAGCGACAAGUGCCGGAAGUCGCCCGUGAACAUCUGGGGCUCGAGUCUGAAGGCCCGCGGGCAGGGCCUCUGCAUCCAGGGCCAGGGCCAGACGCCGGGGCAGAGCCAGGGCCAGGGCCACUGGGACGACGACGACCACUUCGGGGCCAUGAUCGCCGACGGGCCGCCCUCCUUCACCGCCAUCACCGCCAGCAGCCGCCCCUAGGGGCGACCUCCCCCGCACGCCCGCCGACCACGCCAGGGCCUCCGACAUGAGCCGCCACCCGUACACCAUCAGCCUGGACCGGACCAAGGAGCUCGUGGCCAGGGACUCCCCGUCCUCCUUCAGGGACUUCACCAGAGAUCCCCUGAAGGAAAUCAAGGACAACCCGCUCAGGGAUCCUCUAAGAGAUCCUUUGGGCUACAGAGACUCCCUCAGGAGACCCAGGCUGGAGGUGAUGGGUUGGGCCAAGCCUCGGCUGCUCAACGACGACCUCUCUCUGCCCAACGUGCCCGGAGUGACGUCAUCGAACAACACGGGCAGCAGCAGCCCCAAGAAGUCGGGGGUUGGGGGCGGGGCUGGGGCGUGUCCGAGAGUGGAAGCAGAUCCCGAAGAGGGGGCGUGA